GGGAAGGUUUGAAUAUGGGGGAGCAGCGGCGAGUGUAUCUGAAAACUGAUCCGGUGAAUUGGAGAUGGCGCUGUGUACAGUGUGAGCGAGUUAACAGCCAAAGUUUUCAGAGCGCAGGAAAGUUCGUAGGAGAGGUGACCCGUGAUUCUAACAAGAGUUUUCUUCUCACAUUACCAUCGGGUUCGCAGUGCUAUACUGCGGACUGGAGACACUGCGUUUCUGCUCAAUGUUUCAUGGACGGUUUGAAUAGAUAAUCUCUAACGGAAUACUUGAGAGCCAGGAAUUUAAUCUACGGUUCGCUGCCUGUUCUGCAGUUUCAAUGACCUAUCGGCUAUUUUAUCACAGUGAGUAGGCUGAACGCGAUACGCUGUCUUGUUGUUGCAUAGCCUACUUUUGUAAAGGUGUGAGUCUGUUAGAAUGAAUUACCGCUUUUGGUAUUAUGUCAUGUAGUCUGGGGUGUUUUUAGAACUAUGAAUGACCCCCGUGACAAGGAUUCAAUACCGAUAUCUCGGAAACACCGACUCAUGGCUGCAGCCAUGCCUGGGGCUGAGAGCCCAUUGUACGGCAACACUUCCAGGUCUGAUCGGAAUGGGAUAGGAUUGGUUCACUGUUUUAUUUGUGGAAGCGGCGUUUCGCCCGGAAAAGAAUUGAGAUUACAAGUGAAAUAUCCGAAAGAGAACGGUCCGUUUUUCCCGUUUUUAGAAAACCAGGAGCCAGCGCCGGGGGCAUGUGAAGUCAGCCCGGAUGGACACGCUAUGGUGUGCGCCGUGUGCCACUGUUUUCUGGGGGAGCAGUGGAACUCGUUCGAGCGGACUAGGACACCCAUAGAGAAGCGUAUGUACUGGCUGAAGAGGCCGUACCAGUGCGACUCUCGGCGGAUACCACAGGAGUGGAACAUCUCCUAUGACCUGGAGCAGAGAAUCAGUGUCAGCAGCCAGAAUUACGACGGGAACGAGUCGGAUUUCUCCUCUUUCUCGGAAAACGAGAACAUGUCAGACCAAGAACUGGAUUUAGUAGACCGCGCCAGUGUGAGCAAGGAGAAGUACAAAACAUCUGGCAGCAACAGCAAAACUCCCAGAAACGGUAACAGGAAGAACAACAACAGUGUUAUCAGUGUUAAAAGCAGCCCUGACUCUCAACGGGCUAUCCGCUAUCCCGUGGGUGUUUACCAGGCACAAGACUCGCCGAAAUCGGAUAGUGCCAUGCCGCCCAGGCGCGGUGCUAAAAUGAUGAAUAAUCUCUCUCAGUCAUCAGUAUCUCUGGCCCAAGAGAUUGUGUCCCAGAGAUGCUAUGACAGCUCUCACGUCGACACACCUGUGCAGGACAACGGGAUCAUUAUGCGCAACAGGCAGUGGCUAGCGGAGGGGAAUGUCAGACACGCUGACCCGCGCCCUCUCCAACGCGCAGCUGAUAGCAGCUGUAGCUUAGCCAGGCAUCCCUCCCUCAUAUUCCACCAGAAAGGAGAGGAUCUCGCUGAUGCUGCCGACGGACUAUCACCCAUUGGCGCCGCUGUCACCUCUAGGCGCGACACAGCAGCACCUAGAGAACGUGUUCCGGGCAAGUUUAUAGCCUCUGACAACUCUGACAACGACCACGAGAUCAAUAUAACCAGUGACGACGACCGCGAGGUGUUUGAAGAAGCUGGCAGCAGCAGAGAGAGGGUAUUGGCCCUGCUGAGACCACCCAGGGACGCUGCAGGGAGGGUCAUUGCCAUGCCCCAGAGUGGUGCCAGUGGUGGUGCCAACAGGAGUACCAGUCCCGAGGAGUGUGUGUGUUACAUCUGCGGCAGCGGGCUGUGGCAGGGCGGGAGGUUCUGUGUGUCUGUGCAGAAGCAGGAGAGGGCAGCCAGCGAGCCCUUCUUCCCCUUCCUGUGGUUACACAGCCCUCCCCCUGGCGCCAUACCCCUCACCCCGGGGGGCACCACCCUGGUCUGUGCCAGCUGCCACACCUCCCUAAUGCAGCAGUGGCAGGGCUUCCAGCUGGCCGACGUGCCCGUUCUCCAGCGCCUCUACGUGGUCCCCCUCAACCAGGGCUCCUCCACCCCUGCACCAGCCUCGGGCCCCCCUCCCUGCAUCACUUCCCAGGAAAGGCACCCCUUAGAGCCCCUGGACCGCCUACCUAAGUCUCAGGCUUCCUGUGAGGCCUGUUUCCUCUGUGGCCAGGAGUGCGGGCAGAAUGUGAGGGUGGCACAUGCACGGGUCGGCAUGGGAAAAGCCCGCGGUGCCAUGUAUUUCCCCUUCAUCAACCUGCUGCCGUGCCCUCCUGGUGCCCAGGGAGUGAGGAACGGCCAGGUGCACUGCUGUCCUCCAUGCCACGCCAUCCUGGAGGAGAUCUGGGGGGCGUACCGCCUCAGCCUAAGUGAGGACCUCAUCACCUCUGUCACCUCCUUCCUGGGGAGGUACCACGCAGCGCUGGCCACGGGGGGAGCCGGACUGGCCCAUUCCCAAAAGGGGGUGUCCUCCUCUUCCUCUGGUCAUGGUGGGUCUGUAUCAGUGUGUUACCUGUGUGGGGCAGAGCUAGGGGUUGGGGGGGAGUUCCAACUCCAUGUCAACCCUCCCGGGCGCUGUGGAGAGAGAGAGCCCUUCUUUCCCUUCCUCACCAUCCACCCCCCCGCUCCCCGCGCCAAACCUGCCGACGCCACCGGCCUGGUGUCAGCCUGUGCCCUCUGCUAUCACGACCUGCAUGCCCAGUGGGCUCAACAUGAGAGCCAGGGUUCUGCCACCUCCAGCUCUACAGCCCCAGGCCCAGCCUCCUCCACCCCCCAGCCGGCCAGCUCUCCCUGGGCCAGACAGUACAGCUGCGAGGCCUUUGUGUGCUUCUUCUGCAGACAGGAGCAGAGGCGUCAGGGGGGGCUGUGUGCGGUCACAGUGGCCAGGCUGCCCGUGUUCCUGUACGCCCCGCGCGGACGCCGCACCCUCCUGGUGGAUGAUGGGAGAAAGCUGGUGAUUGGCUCGUGUGUGGAAUGUAAGUCCAUGGUGCUGGCGGGACAGAGCAUGCAGCAGGAGAGAGUCAGGGACGGGGAGGGACAGAGAGACGGGAGGACAGAGACAGAGUCACCUCCCGCUACAUCACGCCCCAGACACAAGACAUCCAGUGUGAUUGAGGGCGUGGCCAGAGUCAGCAAGGAGGCGGAUUCUGCCGUACAUGCAUCAGCAGUGAGCGAAUCACAAUCAACGGAACCUGGGGUUGGCCACACACCCUCUACCCCCCACCCUGGAGCCAGAGAGAGGAGACCGCCCACCUUCCAGUAAGUACCUUGACUUCUGACCCCUGACCUCCAACCCCUGCUCCUGGCCUCUGUCCCCACCAAAACGUUCUAUUGUGUGUGGGUUAGAAUGAAUUAUCUCUGACUCCUAGGUAUUUUGUGCUGCACAAAUUCUUCCAUUCUCUUUUAUUUUCUCUCUUCCAUUUUUUCUUCCACCC